AUGGCGUCCACAUCACGAGAAACGAACGACACCUGCAAAACGGCCUGGGCCGCAGAGCCAGAGCGUCAGGUUCCUGUGCCCAAAAAGCCCAUUGCUAACCUAGACUCGCAGGGCCUGCUGGAUAUCUCACUUCUCACCGCGAACGUGGCGCAGCUGAAGUUAGUCCUGGACCAGGGAGUCGAACAGAGAUACUUCUACGUUCUCGUCAUCCUGCUGUGCCUGUCCAUAACACUUCAGGUGGUGCUGGCAGCCAUGUUGGUGUCCAAGUACGGACAGUCCGUAGAAGACGACGAUGACGAAGGCCUCCGUGGGAAAAGUCUGACAAGGUUUAACAACUGGACCACCAUCCUGUCCCUCUUCAUCACGGUUAUCAACAUUGUGGUCUCCGCUUUUGGCAUAUCUGUUAUUAACAUUUCCACAGGAGGGCCAGGCAACGGCAGCGCUACUUAAACCUCAAAACUAAUAACGUUAAAAUCUUUAUUUCAAGAAAUUCAUGUAGCGUUAACACUGUAAAACCUUAAAAGAUGAAGUAAUAUUUCUAAUGUCAUAUAUAUUGUACAACAUAUUAUAUAAAUACCAUAGACUGUCUUCGUGCCUGUCACGUUACACACAGUACAACCUUGCCUAUUGAGAGCUGUUACUAGUGUUAGGCUCUGCUACCAUCUUUAUCA